AACACAACCAUCGUUCAGCUGAAUUGACUCGAGCAGUAACGCUAGCUGAUUUGGUUGUUAUCUAGCUAAAAGUCAAACGACAGCAUGUCAUUUAAAAGGGAAGGAGAUGAUUCGAGUCAGCUCAAUAUUCUUAAGAAACGACGUGUUGCAGAUCUUCUGUCAAAUUUCAUUCCUGAGGAUGAAGCUGCCCUGAUGAAAAACGGAAGGUACACCUGUUUAGUAUGCUCCUACCGCCCUGUUUUUGACACCGUUGACAUGCUGACAGUGCACAGAAAGGGGAAGAGACAUCUCGAAGGGCUGAAGUGGUUUUAUGGGAAGAAAACAAAGUUGCGAAAUGAAAUUGAGAAGCGACGGCAUCAAAACUAUGUCAAAGCUGAGGAGGGCAGGCAGGAAGCUGCACACCCUGCUCCUUUACUCACACAGACCCGUAGUAUUACCCAUCAUGCCCUGCUGAAGUCCACACCCUAUAGCAGUUGUCACAAGAAAAUAAGCCAAAACACCAAAUCUGAAAAGGGCUCAGGCAGCUGUGCUCCAGACUACAAGACCAAAAAUCUGCCUAGCCACAGACCUUCACUGCCGAGCCAAACACCGCCAGCUGAAACAGUGGAGGGUUUAAACAUGGACACCAAAUCACAUCCUACUGAAGAUCAUCAGAGAAAGAAAAUAGCUGAGAAGAAACAGGCAGCUGUUGGGAAGAAGUGUCGACCCACAGGUCUCUCAGAUCCAGAACCACUGUCAACACAGCGGCGUAGAGAGAUGGAGCACUACCUCAAACUGAAAAGCUCUGGAUGGCUGCAGGACAAGAAUGGCAGCUGGGUGAAGGACGAGAAUGUGGAAUUUGACUCAGAUGAGGACCAACCCCCCCUUCUACACAGCACUGAGUUACGAGACAUCCCGGAAAAGGAACAGCUCUGACCCCCGCUCCCUUUCCCAUAACCACAUACCUUCCUCUGGCCUGGUGGCCUAACACAGGACAAGCACAGGUGGUAAAGAGAAUGUAGAGGCCAUUCUGUGAUCGGUGUUGUCACCUGGACUGUGAGGAUGCUAUUUUCAGCACCCUUGGUGUUGUUCUUUCACCUCGAGUUAAUUUGAUUUAAAGACCCUCCAUUAUAACUAAGCCCAGGCCAGCUUAUUCAAAAUCAACAGCAGAUAUUCUAAUAUUAGUGCUAAUGGGAGCUGUGUUGCCACUGGGUUGCAUUCCUCAAAGGUUUUAGGGUAUUGUCAUUCAUACUCCUCAUUGGCUCACAACUGUCUGCUUUUAACAAAUCUAAAUUCCCCUUGGUUUAAAGGCAGACAGAACUUAAUUUAGAGUGUCUGAAUUAGUUCUAAAGAGCGCUGUUCAAAUAAGAUUAAGACUGAAAGGUUCUAUGUUCAUAAGAGGAAAUUGAAAUGUGUGUUGAGAGUGGUGACAGUAUUUUCUGUAGAAAACUCAUGUUGGUUGGUGUCAUUUUACACAAAGUGCCCACAGAAGGAGAUUUCUUAGAUAGUCAGUGUAUUUGUAUAAAGAGAUGUCAUAGUUCAAAUAGUUGUUUGAACUGAUGACUAUAGGAUGAAUAGAGUUAAAACCCUCACAAAUGUCUUCAGGGCCCUGCAUUGUAAAGGUGCCAACAUCCAUGUGCAAAGAAUAUUACUUCCAAUAUUAAGAAGUAUUGUAUCUUUUUUUUUC